CCUCCUCCUUGCUGAGGAGGAGUAAACAAUAGCCACGAGGAGAAAAAGGAAUAUGAUGGUUUCGUGGUUAACUUUCGCCUUCCUGUGGGGGACUUUCUGCACACGGCCAGGCCAUGGUGAGGCCGAGACCCGGGAAUGCAUCUAUUACAAUGCCAACUGGGAGCUGGAAAAGACCAACCAGAGCGGGGUGGAGCGCUGUGAAGGGGAGAAGGAUAAGCGCCUCCAUUGCUACGCAUCCUGGAGAAACAACUCCGGCUCCAUCGAACUGGUGAAGAAAGGCUGCUGGCUUGACGACUUCAACUGCUAUGACAGGCAGGAAUGUGUGGCCACAGAAGAGAGCCCACAAGUGUUUUUCUGCUGCUGCGAAGGAAACUACUGCAAUGAGAAGUUCACUCACUUACCCGAAGUUACUGGCCCAGAAGUGGUCUAUGAGCCUCCGCCGCCAAGCCUCUCGCUGCUCAACAUUCUGGUUUACUCUCUGCUCCCCAUCAUUGCCCUCUCCAUCGCCAUUCUCCUUGCCUUCUGGAUGUACCGUCACCGCAAGCCCCCCUACGGCCACGUCGACAUCAGUGAGGACCCGGGUCUGCCACCCCCUUCUCCGUUGGUUGGACUUAAACCCUUGCAGCUGUUGGAGAUCAAGGCCAGGGGCCGCUUCGGCUGCGUCUGGAAAGCUCAGCUGAUGAAUGACUACGUGGCAGUCAAAAUCUUCCCCAUACAGGAUAAACAAUCCUGGCAGAGCGAGAGGGAGAUUUUCAACACCCCAGGCAUGAAGCACGAAAACCUUUUGCAGUUCAUCGCGGCAGAGAAGCGAGGAACAAACUUGGAGGCAGAGCUGUGGCUGAUCACAGCUUACCAUGACAAGGGCUCUUUGACCGACUACCUGAAAGGCAACAUUGUCAGCUGGAACGAACUCUGCCAUAUAGCAGAAACCAUGGCUCGCGGACUCUCGUACUUGCACGAAGAUGUCCCUUGGUGUAAAGGAGAAGGACAUAAACCUGCUAUAGCACACAGGGACUUCAAGAGCAAAAACGUAUUGCUGAAGAAUGACUUGACAGCCGUGCUAGCAGACUUUGGGUUGGCUGUACGGUUUGAACCUGGGAAACCUCCAGGAGACACCCACGGACAGGUGGGAACAAGAAGAUACAUGGCUCCUGAGGUGUUAGAGGGAGCAAUAAACUUCCAGAGAGACGCCUUCCUCAGAAUAGACAUGUAUGCCAUGGGGCUAGUCUUGUGGGAGUUGGUCUCCAGGUGCAAAGCAGCUGAUGGUCCGGUAGAUGAGUACAUGUUGCCUUUCGAAGAGGAGAUCGGGCAACAUCCAUCGCUCGAGGACUUACAGGAAGUGGUGGUUCACAAGAAGAUGCGCCCUGCAUUCAAGGAUCACUGGCUUAAACACCCUGGUUUGGCACAGCUUUGUGUUACGAUAGAAGAAUGCUGGGACCACGACGCAGAGGCACGCCUCUCGGCAGGUUGCGUAGAGGAGCGGAUUUCUCAGAUACGCAAAUCAGUAAACGGCCCUACCUCGGACUGCCUCGUUUCCAUUGUGACCUCUGUCACCAAUGUGGACUUGUUGCCCAAAGAGUCAAGUAUCUAAAGCCUGGUUCACGUUUUUUGUUUUUUUAUUUUUUGUGGUCUUUCCAGACUCACUGGAUUUUUUUAAAAGAAAGAAGUUAAACCACAAUCCAACAUACACACACACACACACACAUACAUUUACACACACACACACACACACACACAAAUGCAGCUGCUAUUUUAAUCUUGACUUUUUAUUGUUAUUAUUAUUAUUGUUAUUAUUAUUGUCGUUGAUGUUUUUAUUAUUAUUAUUUUGACUGGAUCAAUUUUACCAGCACAUUGCUCUACUGUAUUAAAACGAGGGGGGGGGAGGAAAACGAGGACAUCUCAGCAAGCAUUUGGGUGCCGACUAAUGAAUGCAGAUAACGGUGCAGGUACCUCAAGACCUCAAUGGACUCACUUUUAUUUCCCUUUUUUAAAUAAUAAUAAUAAUCCUGUUUUCUGGGUUUUCUCUUUUGUCCGGUCUGUUUUUUCUACGCGAGGCAUCGGCGAUACCAAGCAAACAAAAAACUACCCAUCGGCAAGGACAUCACGCUGCAAGCUUAAAAAGACUGUUACAUAAGAUCACACCUCAUAACAAGACUCUCACACCCCGUGACUUUUCUUUUUCCGUUGUUCCUUUUCUAUUUUUGACAGCGAGCUUAAAAAAAAAAGAAAAAAGAAGGAAAAAAAAGAAAACAAAAGCAGACGUGUCUUUUACGGGUGUAACGGGUGUCGCCGUAAUGUGGGGGUGAGGGGGGAGGCGGGGAGUUGGGAGAGGAGCCAAGAAGAAGAACGCUCACUCUUUGAUGGUAUAGAAUCGAAAGGGAAAAAUUUAGUAUUGGGACUUGGGAGAGAAGAGAGAGAGACGUUGAACUCUGGCAGCAUUCGGGAGAAACACCUGCUUAGGGAGCUACUUCUCAGGUAAACAGUUCAUGAGAGGAAGGGGCAAGUUUUGAGGCAAGAGUAUUAAAACUGCUGCGGAGCACGGAGAAAGUUGGGUCACAGCGAAUCGCCGGCGGAAUUAGGUCCUUUCGUUACCUCGGGCUUCAGUGGUAUUUACAUAAAGGAAAAAGAAAACCCCUAUAUCUUUAAAAAAAAGUUCAGAGAAUGCGGUCUUGGGGCUGAAUUGCUGCAUUUUGGGCAAAUUUCCCACGCGGCGUCCGAUUGGAGCAACGUUUGGAGUUUCUAAAAGUCCGUUUUCAAAUAAAAAUACGAGGGAAAACAAAACAUGUAAGCUCAAAAAGAAGACGGUUAAUGCCUGCAACAGGUUCUUAGCGUGUAAUGCUGUGAUCGGAAACUGAUUUCCUUGGAAAUCCCACUGAGCAAUAGGCCUUACUUCCAAGUAAAUGUGCUUGAGAAACUAGUGAAAUUCUUAAAGGUUCUGGAUUUCAGUCGUUAUAUCCUGAUGCAUCCACAUUUCCCAGGAAAUGUGCUUAAUUCAGUGGGUUGGCCGAUGUGGAUGGGAUAUGUGGAGAUAACCAUGUUGUUUACUCUUAUAUUGCAGCCCAUCUGUGUGACAGAUUUAAACCCAUUCCGGAUCUUUUCAGCUUCUUUUGGUAUCUCCAAUGAAAUUGGGUGUGUGGUUCGGUGGGCUUCUAUUUUAUUUUAAGCAUCAAUGCCUCCCAACGCUUACAUUUCCCAGACUUCUUUAAUGGAAGCCAUGACACUUAAACCACUUUGAAACGGGGGUUCUAGCUCAGCUGCACUUUUGUAGCCUAGUGUAGCUGUUCAUUUGUACUUUCUCGGCCCCGACCCUAAGCAUAUUGGUAUACUUUGCUCGGAAGUAAGUUCCAUUGUCCCAUUGGGGCCUGUCACACCCAGGCCAAGGUUCGCCGUCGGUUGACAAACCUCCAAGUUGAUUCUUCUUGAUUCUUCGUUCUCUGAACUCUGUCACCCAACUCUUUCAUCUUAACAGUGGUGCGUAUUUUCAAUACGGUUGAUUCUAUUUAUGCCAUAAACUCGCUCUAAUCAGUGAAUGUUCCUAAUGCUGCUGAUUCAACAUUUAAAUAUUUUUUUAACUUGCAAACCAUGCAAUGAUUUUUUAAAAGAAAAGAAAAAAUUAGAACACACAUACGCAUUACGUGGCUUCCGAGGUUUAAAACUGAAAAAAAAAAAAAGUUUUGAAAAAACUUCACGACCACAGAUCACCUCAAACCAGAAAUACCUCAGAAUUUUCUACUUGUAUGAGUUUUAUUAUAUAUUUUGUUAGUUGUGUUGUCUUGUAGUAUGUAUAUUUUAAUGUAAGUUGGCUUUUAUGACAAGGGAGUUUUAAAAAAAGAAAAAAAAAGUUUAAAAAAAGUUCCAAAAUAUUUUAGGAAGUGCUACCAUUUUUUUUGUUUUGUUUUUAUAAAGCACCAUUGUAAAUAAGUGUAAACGGUUUUAGAAUAACUGCCUAUAAAAAAGGUUUCUGGGCAUUAUUCACUGUUCUUUUCAAAGGCUGUUUCCAUUCUCUUACUUUUUGGAGGGCAGUGGGGAGCACAAGCUGUUUUAGUGAAAGAUCAGUGCAUCUUUUUGUUUUGUUCUCAUGAAAUUUUAACUUUUUCCUCUGGCUGCAACAUCAAUCCGCAAAAGGAAGUUGUUUUGUUUACACUCACUACCUGCCACAGGACGAUAAUAGUAUUAAAAAUUACCUUUGAAUAUGUUCUUGGGGGCUCUUAAUUCCCAGCCCAUUUCUGCCAAGGCAGUUUCACUAACUGCAGCUAGACUGUUCCAAAAAAUAAAAUAAAAUUGCAGGCUUACUGCUGGAUGGAUUUGAUGAGGCAGAUGUCCUGCAACUGAUUGCUCUUCCCUGUCUCUCAUAAAAACAGUACAGAGUUGUUUUUGACAUUGCCUAGGAAAGAGCAAGUGUCUCUAUGUUUCCAGGUGCAAUUCAAAGUGUGGGGGGUGUAUUUCCAUUGCUUGGGGUUUGGCAUUGCACCCCUUGCCUUGGGGGAACAACCGAGGUACGAAGAGUGAGAAUCAGCAGCAGUCACUCCCUCUCCCUCUUCCCCCUGCAUCUUUUGAACAUCCAAACCAGUUUUAGACUCGACAGUGCUUAAACAUGCAUCUUUCACACCAAUUCUAAAUUUUACUUACUUGGAAGUAAACUCUACUGAAACCAGUGUGAUUUACUUUUGAGGAUCAAAUGUAUUCAGAGUUGAGGAGUGUGCACCUAUUUUUUAGAGAUGGCUGUACGUGACAAAUACAGACACCUUCCUUGAUGUUUAGGUUGCCCCCGCCCAUAAUUCUUAAAGGCUGUCAUGUUUGAGCCUAAAUCUGAAUACUAAUGAUUAAAACACGAGAAUCGUUUUAUUAGCUGAAAUACUACAAGAAGUUAAGGCUCGUGUAGCUUUUUAAGGCAAAGCCUUUCCCCAUUUACUCUUUUUUCCACUUUGUUUUUAUAUUGAAUUUAACUACACUUAUUUGAUUCACAAACCUGACUUGGGAUUCACUCUUAAAUUCGGAACACAGAGUGUUAAGUUUGCUGUCCUUUGUGGAGCAAAAUGAGAAGAGGGCUGCACAAUUUGUGUGACCCAUCAGGCAUUGUGGAUUGUGUAGUGUUUUGAAAACCCCUUCCUUUUGCCAUCCUCAAGAAGGCAGGGUGAGAGCUAAGCACUCGGAAAGUCCCAACUUUGAACUGGUUGGGCUGAAUUUGGUCGCAUGUAAAACAGGCUCAAACUGGGACAACAUAACAAUUUGUGUAAAAGACCCAAAGUAACUUUAUCUUUGUGAUUGAUGUUGUAAAGAGGAACGGCAGAAGCUUCGGAGAGGAUGAAGUGAAAUAACAACAAUUAAGCUUAAAUACACCUCGAACCUAUAUAUCUUCUUAAAUGUGAGAUUUAAUGAUCCAGGUUGUUGAUGGUGGUGGAGAAAGAGAUGUGCUGUCUUUUAAUUAUUGUAAGAACUCUGCUGCUUUGUAUUUCCUUUUUUAUUUUCUCGCAGCGUUAUUUAUGUGAUGGCUAAAACAGGCUUGGUUUACAGCAGUUGCUUUUCUCUUCUUUAGAAGCAAACACACAACCUUCUGGUUUCUUUAAGAAGCUUUAAAGUAUUUAUUGAAAGUGCCAUAUGAGUUUUAUAGCCUACUAGAUAACAACUUCAACCUUCCCUUUAUGAGAAGGGAGAAGGAUGGCCACACCUCCCACUUUCAGUUGCAUUAAACUUGUUUUACUGCAGGACACACAAAUAUUUUUUUAAAAAACCAAAAUUAACUGUUUCAUACCUGUUGAUGGCAUCUCUCUGCUUGAAGCUCCUUACAGAUCAUUUUGUCACUGGCUGGUUAAGCAAAACUUGGUGGUCAGCUAUAAACAUGCCUGUUGCUCGCAAACAUCCUGUCUUGUGUCCUUCGUUCCUAGCACAUCAGCUACCUCGCUGGCAAUAUGACAUUGUUUGUGUCUGAUAGAUGUGUUUAAUGAACUGAUAGUAAAUAUUUUAGCAUCAAUAUGAUGCAGCUUUCUCAGUUGGUUUGAUCAAAGCUUUCUUUCGCUACGAAAGAGUUCACAGAAUCCCCAGUAGUAUCUUUUAAGUCUUCCUGUCCCUCAGCUGGUUCUGUACACCUGAUUUAAAGCUGCUUCUUGGUAUAGCAAUAAAUUAGUUCACCACUGGUACAUGAGAGUAAAUUCUUCCACAAUACGAUUUUGGUUUAAGUCCAAACCUGCUGCCAACAUUAAAUCAACCCUUUGUGGGCAUCCUAAACUACUUUGGUUCCUGAAAUACUGACUAUUCUUGCAGUGCAAUUGUUACUAAGAAGUAAGUUCAUUUGAGUUCAUUGGGGCUUACUCCCUUGUAAGUGGGAAUAGGAUUGCAGACUGGACCUUAUUCAGCUUCCAAAAUCUUCCCACUUCACACAGAGAGAAAUCUUACAGGGGUUAAAUUAAUUAUGGUGCAGCCUUCAUUCUUCAGUAACCAAUAUCAAAAUCUCCUGUGCAAGAUUGUUUACACCCGUAAUCUAGAUCUUUGCAGCAUUAGCACUGUAUUGUCAGCCCACAGUGCAUUAAAGUAAUCUUAACUAUGCUUAUAUUUUAAAACAUGGCUAUUAUGCUGGGCUUCUAAAUGUCACUCCUUGAUAAGUGCUUGUUUAUGCUAAUUUAAGAAUUUAAAACAGUGUUUUCUUUGUUCCCUUUUGAAAUUUGUUAAUAUGAAAGUGAUGUCUUUUUUCAAAAGUGGCAGCUAUAAAGCAAAACAAGUACAGUACUUCUUUCUGGUUUAGAAUAGCAGAACACUUGUUGAUUUUUCUGCCUGUGGUAGCAAUUGUAAUAUGCUACAGCAGGUGCUGUGGGCUUUUAAUAAAGGUGAGAAAUCCAAAUUUUCUAAAGGGUGUUCAUGCAAUAUAAAAGCACGAUCAUAAUGCUGUUGAAGUAUUGUCCUACUAAUGUUUUUAGAGUUAAGAAACAAACGUACAGCACUAUGAGUUUUGCUUCUUGAUUAUCUUAAUAUGCUAUUUUAAAAUGUUUAUACUGUAUAGAGGGGAAGUGACCUUUGAAUACACACAUACACACCUGAAGAAUGAAAACUGCACUGUGUCUGAAAAAAUUAUUUCGUACCACAAAUUAUUUUGUAAAACAUAAUAGAUGACAUUCAGCAUUAAUCAGAGUAGACUCAAUGAAAUUAAUGGACUUAAGUCUGUUUCAGUAGUGUGCUCUUGAGUAUGGCUAACAUCGAGUAUUGCCCAAUACGUUUCUGCAAGGAAAAUGGAAAACAAAAAUCCUGUGCAGCCACAGCAAAAAAGAAGCCAGAUUUAAAACUAGCUAGAGAAAAGGCGGCCUGAAUUCAUGAAUUGCCAACUUACUUUGUAGACUUCACUAUGUAUUCCUCUUGUAUAUAAUCCCUUUUGCGAAAACAGAAACAAAACCCCACACUUUUGACUGUUUUUCAUGGCCUCCUUAAGAUUCUACCACCACCAGUACAACAACAAAAAUAUUUGUGUAGCCUUCAUAUAAAUUCCUUAUGGAAACACACAUUUUGAUGCAUUUUGUGAUAAUUUGUGCGGCCUUAUCUAUUAAGCAUUUAUGAAAACCAUGGUAAAUCAGAUUUCUGCUCCAUAACAUGCCAGCAGUUCUGUUUAUAGUGACUAUAUGUACCGCAUUGACAAUAUGAUCUGUAAAGAGAUGUUUCUGUCAGCAUUCCUUUGUUAAUGGGCUCUUGGUAGUUCUUCCCAUCUUGCUGAAAUGCACUGAUUAAUAUUUGCAAAUCAAAUUUCUCUGGGUUAUAAAAGUUAGCCUUUUGCUUUCCGUAACUAAAGCAAUGGGCAAUGUAAAGGAGCUUUCUGUUUCAUUUUUUGACAGUAGUAAUGGGGCGCUGGCAAGUUUCCCAUAGUACUGUAAAGAGAUGGUGAACUAACAAGAGUUUCAAAAGAGCUAAAAUGCCUUUUGCUUCCUCAGCAUCCCAAUGCAAAGUCAACACUUCACAAACCAGUAACCAUGGGUAUGAGAUCAAGGGCACCCUACAGGCACAUGUUCUUUCCUCCACAAAUUCCAUUGUUCCUUCCCUUUUCAGUAUAGUACUGUAUAGUGUUUUGUUAACGCUAACAAUGGUUAGCUGGAAAACAGAAUUUGCAACCGAGGUUUAAAGCUUAUUGGCAAACCCAGUUUAAAGCUAACCUUGACUAGCCUUAAUUGACAUGCUACACACAGUGGUUAACCCUAAAAAGAGAAGGGAAGAAUUUUUGAGGAGACAUAGAGCAUGUGCACACACCAGGUGCUUUUAAAUUCUUCAUCAAAAGAUUGAUUACUUAGACAACAUGGCUGAGAUAGAAUAGCCCUCAUUUUUUCACUCGAAGUAUGCUGAUUUCAUGACUCUGGAUACCUGAAGUUGUUGAACCAAGCAUCUUCUAUUUAAGCUUGGAAUUUCAGGGUGAGACUGAUAUCCUUGCUCAAAAUCUUAGAUUACUUUGAGGGCCCAGAGCAGCUUGGAAGCUAAUCUAGUAUCUGGCUAGCAAAGAGCCCACACACAGAAAGGUCAAUCACAUGAUCCUUUUCUAUCAGAUUGUUGGCUGGCUUGGAAAGCAGCAGGGAUUGGGCGACACAAGGUUUUCCUGUUGCCUAUUACCAUGAUGAAAAAUGAGUUUCAUGUGCCAUUUUUAUGACUGACAGCUUACCCCUUGCAGUCUUCUUGGUGCUGAACUUCCUAUUGCAGCUCAGCAAAGUGCUUAAACCACAGAGUGUCAUGUUCUAAAAUACAAAUUGUGAAUGUGUUUUCAGAAGCCUCCUUCUACAUACUUCGGGUGCUCAGGCUGCUGCGAGACUUUAACAAUGAAUAGGCCCUUCACUCGGUAGUCAAAUUUAGGAUCCAUUGAUCUGUCAUUUACACACAUUAAACGUUUCCAAUUCAUUGUCUAAAAACUUGGUCAGUAUGUUCUGUUUCUUACACUCCCCCUCCCCUUUUUAAUUAAAAAAACUGAUUUUGGACAGAGUUCUUCCUUUUGUAUUAGGACACAACUGUGGCAACAUUAUUUUUAGCUCUUCAUUUCCGAAGUCUAAAGCUUUUUCUUUGUGCCUUCAUUUAUUUUCAUGCAAAGCAACUGCUGUAAGUUCUUUUUAAUUCCUCCCCCCGCCAUCAGGAUGUUACAGGGAGGGGGGAAGAGAAACUGCUUUUCAUUAUCCAAUUGUUGUUUCUGGAUGCAAUCUGUGAUCCAGGUAUUUCAAGAACCAGUUACCUCAAACUUCACAUUAUAACAGUGUUGCUUUCUGGAAUCUUCUUUGUACUGCAAGAUUGUAACAUAUGCAGACAAGGAACCAUGCUACACACAAGUGUUAUAUAAGUUAUAUAUUUUAUAUAAUUUAUAUGCAGAAAGGAAAAAAUGGAAAUGGAUCCCUAAGGAUUGCAGCUUACAUUUCAUUUUUUAAGCUUGUGGUUCCUUUCCCCACUCCCAGUUAAACCAAAAGGGCUUUUUUUUGUUGUCAAGCUCUAAUUGUGUUGGAUGUAUGUACAGCAAGAGGGCGUUAUGAACAAGUGCUUCCUUUCCUUGAUUUCUACUGUGUUCAGUGUUUUAUUGGGAGAUAUUUCCUGGUUAUCUGGUCAAAGUUACUUGGAACAUCUGACAUGGCGGAUAGGUGCCACUGGUUAGCAUGAUCCUGCACAUGAAGUUCCAAAGGGGUACAACUUGGACAGAGCAUGGGGCGAUCCAUAUUGAGCCCUUUAGUAGAGACUGAUCUUCUCCAAAUAACAGCACUACAAUUUGGAAUGGAAAUCUAUAGCAUUAUUUUCACUGAUCUUGGUUUUUUGGGAGGGGGGGGGAGGGCGAAUGGUUCGGGGUUUUUUAAUAAUAAUAAUCUGUUCAGUCUUACAAUUUUUAUUCCUGGUCAUUGAGACACAUGCUGUUUUACCAAUAUAAGAGAGACCUUCCUAUCAAAAUUGAAAUUCGCGGCAGGUUGGAGAGAAUUUUUUUUUGCCUCCGCAACGCCUUUCGAAAUUAUCAGUGUCAAACAUUUGUGAAGCUUUUAGUGGUUACAGGGGGAAGGAAGACUGAACUACCUGUCCCCUCCGAAACUUCCUAUGAAGUUUAAAAGUUUUGUCAUAUAGUGAUACUUGCUGAUACCGCAAAAAGGUGGUUACUGUGGAUUUUAAAACAUGCUUCUCGGUCUCCAGUUCUAUGCCCCUACAUUUGCACAAAGCCAGGGCAUUCCUCUUGCCAAUCUACCACCAUUUGAAUAUCAGAACUGAAGCCUACAGUCUUUCACCUGUGAAUACUUGUCACAUUUUGUCCUUAAGUUUGGUGAAUUUCCUACUGUAAAGUUGACUUAAGUACAGUUUGUCAGUUCUUGUGGAAAGAGCUUUCUGCAUUGUUUAUACCAUUAGAUGCUUAUAGUAAAUGUCACAGGAUAGAACAAAAUUCGGAAGGGAGAGGGCACAAAAAAUUGAAAUACACUCUUUGUUGUUUUUUUAAAACCAUUGUUCCUUUUAUCAACUACUUCUAAAUGGUAUGCUUUAUUCAAGGAAAUAAAGUCCUAAAACUAGUCUAGCAUAGUGAGAUGUGUGUAUCAGUUUUAUGAUGAAUAGUUAUGUCUUAUUAAGCUGUGUUACUUAACUUGUACAUAGAAGGCCUACAGAGGAGUUUGCAGUAACCUGUUCCCGCAGGAUUUCCAAUUUGAAUUCUUGGCAAACUUCAGAAAUGAGAAUUAAGUAACUAGUUUAGGAAAUUGAUAAAUGCAGAAAGCUCUACCAGAUGGUGAAAUAAUGAAAAUGACUAUUGGUCCUGGCUCAAAUUCCAAUGUACUGUUUGUAUACCAAGAUACGUGAAACGUAAAUGUUGUAGGUUAUAUUUCACUCUUGUAGCUUAAAAUUUUAAAAAAGUAGACCAGAGAUAGCUUGUACUACUGACUUAACAAAAUUUAUAUUAAAGUAUCCACACACAAACACACAAAAAAGUAUACAGAGAGUUGAGCUCAUUGCUGUAACCCCUUUUGGAUUGUGCUGAUUUUUUAUAUAUAUUAUAUAUAUAAAUAAAUAAAUAUAGAUAUACAUAUGUAAGAUGGCCUAAAGAAGACAUCCGCUGUAUGCAGUUAUGAAAUGGAAAUGUUUUGAAACAUUGUAUCAUAAUUCAUAAAUUUGCAAUGGAUCUUUGUUCCUUUUUACUGUGGUAUUUUAGAAACGAGUCUCUUGUUUGAAAUUAGGUCUGCCAAGUUUGGGUAUUGCUGCUUCAGCUAAGUUCAGGGUGCCCGAAUAAACCAGUAUGAAUGUAGUAUUUUUGCCCUGUGUGAAGCAGCUCCGCUCCAACAAAUAGGAGGAAAAAACCUAGAAAGAACUAUUUCAAAUUUAUCUUUUUUUGUAUAUUAAAAUAAACAAUAAAUUACAAAU